AUGGCUACACCACACGGUCUAAAGCGUGCAUUAGUUGACGUGCAGUCCUGCUUACCAUGUGACAAGAAGUCGAAGCACGAGGACGACGAGGGCACGACAACGAGCGAUGAUACAGAGGAGAGUGAGACUGUUGUGAUUCGUAGACAGCGACGUCCUGCUGUGAGAAGCAGUAGUCAUUGCAGUGCCGUGUUAUCACCUCUGAAUACCGCAUCGGCUGAACAGAUUCGGCAGCACCUUCGCGAUGUGCGGCGUGAGUUGUUUCUGCGGCCGCUGCUGGCUACUGUUUCUAAGCUUAUGUUUCACAAGGGAAAUCACGGCUUCUUUAACGUGCGGGUGGAUCCCGUCGUGUGGAAUAUUCCGCAUUACUUUGAAGUCGUGAAGCAACCAAUGGAUUUAGCAAUUGUAAAGAACAAGUGUCUAAAUCUCGAGUAUGCGACAGCAGAUGAGUGUGCAGAUGAGAUUCGACUUGUUUUUCAUAACGCGUGUCUAUUUAAUCCACCGGGACAUAUUGUGCACGAGUCAGCGGCAAUGUUACUAAAAGAGUUUGAGGCGGAUUAUACCAAGUACAAGGCCAAGGCAGAAGCUAUGGUCAAGCGACGUAAAGAGCAUUCUUGUCCAUUUUGUCUGGACAAUGUGUGCGGUAUUUGUGACGAGAAGUGCAUUAAUUUUGAGCCACCGUUUGUCGUAUGUUCGGGCGCAUGUCACCAACGCAUUAAACGCCAUGCAGUGUACUACAAGAGCCCAGAUGGACAGUAUCACUGGUGCACCAAGUGCUUUACAUCGCUGCCGAAGGUGCUAACGUUAAAGACAGUUUCUUCCUCGCCAUCCGAUCCGGAGCCCACGACGUCGAUUGCGGCAGAACAUACUAUGUCCAAGCUUGGGCUACUAAAGGCUAAAUUUACAGAUGAGCUCACGGAGCCAUGGGUGCAGUGUGAUCGAUGCAACGGAUGGGUACAUCAGAUCUGCGCCUUGUUCAACGCUUGUGAGAACGCAGAUGAAGAGGGCGAUGUGAUGUACACGUGCCCGCUCUGUCGUCUACAGGAGCUUGAUGCUGAAGAGAAAAACAACGAGCUUGGUAUGUCUCCGAUCGAAAUCUCCGUCGAGAAUUUUUCAGUCAAAAUGGAAAAAGAUUUUCUGCAGUCACACAGCCCUGCGUUGAAGCACAGAUUGUACAUCAAUGAUUUUACUCUUGGGUUUGAUGAGAGGAUUGGAAGCAAGGAGUUUGAUUAUGCGACGCAAGUAGAUUUAGAUGUCAAAGACAUUAGCACGUCUACAGCUUUUAUGAAAAGUAAAUGGCUGCGAUCGUGUGAUUUGUCACGUUUUAUGCAGAAGUGGGUGCGGCAGCAUUUGGAAGUUCUUGGCGAGCACGAAGCAGCUCAAUCUAUUGUCGUAAAAGUAGUAUCAGCAAUCAAGACCUCGUGUCGUGUAAGUUCAGUUGUGCGUGAAAACUUUCGGUCAGCUUCUCAAGAGUACCCACAAACAAUCAACUACACUUCAAAGGCCAUUUUUGUCUUUCAGAUGAUUAACGGUGUGGAAGCCUGCAUUUUUUCAAUGUAUGUUCAGGAGUAUGAUAAGCACUGCGAGUUGCCCACCAACCGUAAGCGGACGUACAUUGCAUACCUGGAUAGUUUGGUGUACAUGCGCCCGCGCCACGUGCGAACGAGCCUAUUUCACCAGAUUCUCAUCUCAUACUUGGCUUCCUGUAAAGAUAAAGGGUUUGAAUACGCGCACAUUUGGGCAUGUCCUACAACCCGUGGAGGCGAUUUUAUUUAUUGGUGCCAUCCUUCUUUUCAGAAGAACCCUGGCAAGGAGCGCCUUCUUCAGUGGUACCUAAGCAUGGCCAAAAAGGCAAAGGACCUUGGCGUCGUCUAUGAAUGUGACGACUUGUUCGCUCGUGAGUUUGAGAUGCUGGAAGACACCCUUGACACUCAUCUUCCUCCCUAUUUUGAUGGCGACUACUGGCCUGGUGAAGCUGAGCGACUUGCCGCCUCGCCUCCGAAGAGAGGAAGAAAAGAAGUGAAUACAGCGAGCGCGUGCAGCGCGAGGUUUCGCAAGCGAGUGGGUGAGUCGGUGAAGGCGGCUCGCGAAUCGCUGUUUGUCAUCGCCUUGCAACCAACUUGCGCUGCCUGUAAGCAGCUGAUAGUUAAUGCUGCUUAUUGGCGAGCGAUCAUAAGAGAGGCUGUACACGCUUACUACUGCGCUGAAUGCCAAGCAACAGCAGCAGCAAUAGCCGUUCAUGGGCAGGUGGCGUCACUUACCGAAAUGACCCCACCCAAUUUUGCGGAAGCACGCAGCAAUAGGGAGACGGAAGAAGUAGACAUAUCUUGCCCGUUCCUUGACUAUCGUCCAAACAUGCUAAAGAAUUGCGAAGAGCGCCACUACCAGUUCGACAGCUUUCGCCGUGCAAAGUACUCGACAAUGAUGCUCAUUUAUCAGAUCUCCUCGACGCAGCGUUCUGCUCAAUAA